AUGUCAUCUUGUAUGUUUACUUGUAAAACAAAUCCUAUGGCAACAAAGCAGCUCCAUGAGACUGUGAAAAGAAAGCUUGAUAGCGCUGCUUCCCCUCAGAACGGAGACCAGCAGAAUGGCUAUGGUGAUGUAUUUUCUGUUUCCAAGAAACUACGUCGUGAGGAUGGUCUUGGUGGAGUAAGCAGUUCUUCCAAUGGAAUGCCCCCUAUGUCUCCACUGCAUCAUCUUGAUAAGAAAUCUUCUGGUGGAGAUACCUUACAACUUAAUGGAAAACAUUCAAUGGGGCUAGAUGGCAUUAGCAAAAAGUGUCUUCCAGAUUCCAACCUGCAAAUGAAUGGAGGCGGUGAUGCUGAUGACUCGUUUCCUUUGAGUUUGAAUAAAGAACUCAAGCAGGAGCCUGUAGAUGAUCUUCCUUGUAUGAUUGCUGGAGCAGGGGGUUCUAUUUCUCAGAACAACUUGAUGCCUGAUCUUAAUCUUAACGAGCAAGAAUGGAAGGAGCUUAUUGAUGAGCUUAAUAGAUCAGUGCCUGAUGAAGACAUGAAGGAUCUCUUUAAUGAAGACUUUGAAGAGAAAAAGGAUGCAGAUUCUUCAAAUUCAGCUGCACAGACUCCGUUGCCACAAGAUAUUAACAUAAAGACUGAGUUUUCCCCAGCAGCCUUUGAACAGGAACAGAUGGGAUCUCCACAGGUUAGAUCCACUUCUUCAGGUCCAGCAUUUAUCGGUGCUGCUUCUGUACCUGUAAGUGCUGCUUCUCCGGCAGUUGGUAGUUCUCAGGCUAUGUUUCAGCCUUCCAGUCAGUCAAUGACUGAAAAUCCGAACCAGCCCAUGAUGCAGGCAUCAAACCACUCUCAGAACGUCCAGAGGCCUCUCCCUAAUGUGUUGUUACCUGGGAAGGGCACAGGAGGUGCCAAAGAAAUGUCCUCUGCUCAUCAACUUCAGCAGAUUGCUGCCAAGCAGAAGAGAGACCAGAUGCUGCAGAACCAGCAACAAGCUUCACAGGUCCACCAAGCUAAUCAGAUGUCUAGCUGGCAACAGUCUGGGCCUUCUCACAGUCCACUGGCUGUCCCAUACACCAUGGAAAAUCCCACCAGUCCUUCAGUUUACCAGCCAGACUUCAACAAUCAGAAGCUCAUGAUGUCUAAUAUGGGAAAUAAAAGUUCACCAAGAGCCGGAGGCAAUUAUCAUGUGAGUAUACUGGGUCAUCAGCAAAACAGCUUGAACCAGAACCCUGUGAAUAGUCAAGGCUCUAUGCUAGACUACGGAAACACCAAGCCUCUUUCGCAUUAUAAAGUGGAAUGUGAACAGGGAGUUACAGUACCUGCUCAGAACAAGGCUUCCAUGUUGGCUUACAUACAACAACGCCAAAACAUUGCCUACCGACCUUUACUGCCACACAGUCAGGAUCAAAACCCUUCUGCUAAUGUUCCUCGUGUUCCUGUUUCUGUCCCGGGCCCUGGCAUUGGUGCCCAGCCUCCCACAGUGUCCAUGGCAGGUAACCACAGCAACACCCCGUAUCUCAGCAAUCAGCAGCAAGCAGCAGUGAUGAAGCAACACCAAAUGCUGAUGGACCAGCAGAAGCAAAGGGAGCAGCAACAAAAGCACUUGCUCAUGGAGCAACAGAAGCAGCAGUUCUUAAUGGGGCAGAGACAGCAACAUCUUCUAGCUGAGCAGGAGAAACAGCGGCAUCAGCAAGAGCAACAGCUGCAGCGGCACCUGACUCGACCACCUCCUCAGUAUCAGGAUCAGCCACAGAAUCCUUACCAGCAACAGGUUGGACAGGGGACAGGGUCAUCUUCAGCCAUGCCUGGGGUAAGUAAUUUAGGACAGUCCAACUCGAGUAGUCCACGGAUGUUUCCUCAGACCCAGAACAUGAUCCAGAUGGGACCUGGGCACAGUUCUGUUCCUCCACUCCAGUCAGGCUCCAGUCAGCAGGAUCGGGGUGUGACUCAGUAUAACAGUAUGCAAAACAUGCAGCGAGGGGGAUUGUACAACUUGGCAUCUGGUAUGACACAGAUGGUUCCACAGCAUGCAGCUCAAAGUGCCAACGGACAGCCACCAAUGCAGAGACAAGGCAGCUUGGGUCAGAGUGCUGCUGUUCCUGCUGGGUAUGGGCAGAAUACCUUAGCAAACUCAAGUAUUUCUCAGCAGCACAGUAAAGGUGCACUGAAUGCAACUUUAUCUAAGCCACAGAUGGCAAGAGUACCAGCUGCUAUGGGGGCUCAAAAUCCAUCUUGGCAACACCAAGGUAUCCCUAAUAUUAACAGUCAGACACAAGGAAACAGUGGCUUAGGACCAUUUACUGCCAGCUCCUCUUUCCACAUGCAACAAAGUCAUCUAAAGAUGGCCAACCAACAGUUUGCUCAAGGAAUGCCUCAGGUAAGCCUAAGCACCAGCAGACCGAUGACCUCUAUGAAUGCUGCUGUCUCUGGGCAGAUGUUGUCGUCGUCUUUAGGCGCACAGCAGCGGACAAACCCACCUACGCAGCAGCAGGUACCCUCACAGCAAGUCUUGCCUGGCAUGAACCAGACUGUUCCAGAUCUGACUGCUUUCAACCAGAAUCCCAAUCAGCAACUGCCCAAUAGAGGUAAUCUGCACUGUAGCCAAGGGUACCCUGUGAGGACAACCAGUCAAGAGCUGCCUUUUGCCUACAGCAGCCAGUCGGGCAAUAACGGACUUCAGAACUUAACUGGUGACACAGAUCUGAUAGACUCUUUGCUGAAAAACAGGACUUCAGAGGAGUGGAUGAAUGAUUUGGAUGAGUUGUUAGGAACUCAUUAAAAUGGGGCUGGGGGGGGGUUACUUUUUUUUUUUUUAAUUAUUUCAUGGAAUACAAACAACACUUGGACCAAAAAUCCUGUGGCAUUGAGGAGACUUGCAGGCAUUAGAGGUAAAUGGUUGGGAAAGGGACUGGAGCUGCUUCUCAAUGAACGUUGAUAUAUGGUAUGGCGCACCCAAGCAGAUCUGCAGGAAUAGUAUGUUUUAUCUCGAUGUCUCUAGGUCGUCGCACAUCUGAGCAGGUCAAACAGAAUUGUGUGUGUCCUGGCCAGCCUUUCAGAAAUCUCACUUGCAGUGUUCUGAAAUUAUUAUUUUUUUAAUUAUUUAAAGGUAAAAUUCCACAGAAGUAGUUCAGAAAGAAAGCAAAUAGUUGCACAAAUUGUGGUUAGGGCUUAGUCUCCCGCAGCUGUUACUUGCGAUCAUUAUUGUUCAUAGCUUGACAUGCUAGUACAGUAAUUUCCAUCAAACUUCUGACUUUUUUAUUUGAGAAGAGGGUAUAUGCAACUGAGUAUGCUUGCAAGAUGUUUUGAAUUGUUUCUUUUUUCCAUCGCUGAAGCAUGUGCCUGUACUCUCAAUAAGCAAGUGAUAUUUCACAGUAAAUGUUUCUAGAUGCUGGUGAUAGAUGAAAGAAAGUAUUAAAACCUGGCUAGUUAGCCUAGGUAGUCUUCUUAAUAGAUUGUAGUCUUUUAAGCUGCAGUUUGCACUCUGUUUUAGAGGGGCACAGUUCUUGGCUUAUACCUUGCUGUGUUUAAAGGGGGAAUUUCUUAUGGGAGAACUUUUAAACUAUAGUAGGUUUAACAUGAAUUGUAAAGCCAUUUACUUUGCACCUGUUUCUUGAUAACUUAUUUCCAAAGGUAGUUGUAUUUAAAUGAAGGCUUUGCUUCAUGACAGUUCAUCUUGUUGUUUCUUUGUUUUAAAAAGUAAACUAAGUUUUGAGAUCAGUUCAUGCCCAAAAGUUACCAGUGACAUCACGAGCACGAGAGUUUGUCACUUCAGGAUAAAAUGAGAAAAAAAGGAUUUGACUGAGAGGUGAAAAGUCCUUAUCAGCAAUGACAGCACAGGCAGCCUGGGAGUAUUUGUUAUCAGGAUUGCUCCAACAUGGAAGUCUUCCCCCUUUAAAUACCUUUUUUGUAAUACUGGGUUAUGAGUUUGAUAAUCUUUCUUAUUGACAGGUGGGUUUACUUCUUUAAUAUCCCUUAAAGCAGAUGCUGGUUCUUCAGCUCAGCCCAAGGAGACCCUCUCCCUCACGUGUUGGGGUCAGUCCCAGAAAGGACAAAAACACAGUGGGAACAGUCAGUGUUCCAAAGUCCUUAUUUUCUACCAAAAAAUCCCCUAUCCACCAACAAACCACCUUGCCUUAACGUUUAUUUUAAAACAAAAAUAAAGUUGAAAGCUUUUGUUUUAAAUGCACAAAUACCUCUUCCCUUAAAUGCAUUUUUUUGAAAACUCCUUUAAAUUUUCUAACCAAACUUAGCAUUGUGAUUUUUAAAGCAAUUUCCUUCAACACAGACUGGUUUCUUCAGGAGUUUUCUGCGCUGCAGAGAAGUGCUGAGAGAGGAUUUGUUGUUGCUGGGUGUGGUUUUUUUUUUUUUUUUUUUUCCAGAAUGGGAGAGAGGAAGUGAAGGAUAACAUGGAAUUUGAAGAAGGAAAAUAUUUUACUGUAUCUGCAGCUUCUUUAUCAGACAAUUUGCACUUUUAAAAACUGCUUUUUAACACUAAUAUUUUAACUCUUUCCAAAUAUGCAUGGAACAUCGUUUGCCCUACACACUUACCUAGUGUGGAUUAGUUAUGCUCUGUUAAACAGAUUUGAUAUUGUAUCAUGGUGAACUGUUGGUGAAAAAUAUGCAUUGAUCAGUGGAUCCCACCAUUGAAUAGUGGACUUCACUGAAGCAGGCUUAAUCCCUCGUAGAGCUUUUGGAAAGAUAACAUAGUUUGUCUUUGGAUGGGAAGACGAAGGUGUUAGUGACUUUAGUUGUUGACACUCUUCUGAUAUUUUCUAGAAUAAGUAGUUGAUAUGCAAAUAACUGAUGUUAACUUUUCUUAUACUGGCAAUCUAAGAAAAGAGCUAGUGAGUUUGGUUUACUAUUAAGUUAAGCCAAAAACUGGUCCAAGGUAAGUAUCUUUAGAAGAAUAUAGAUAAACUAGCAAUGGCAGGGGGAGGAGUAUUUGCUGUAUUUUUAUUUUUAGGGUUAACUUUGCACCAGUGUGCCUUCCCUUCCUUUUGGGGGUGCUUGGGACCUCAUAAUUUCAGGUGGCAUCCUGUAGUGUCACUUUUUUCCUCCCCCUUACAAACCCUUCAGAGAAAUAACAGGGUAGCAGGACUCAGAUUUUCUUUCUUCCCUGUUUAGAUUGUGGUGAAAUCUGCUACAUUCUCCAGUAGAUUUUGUGCACAGGCUAUAUUUCUGAAUAAGUCAAAAUAAAAUCCAUCCGGUUUUGGUUUCAUAAUGGAGGGAAAGAACAUCUGCUGUUUGCAUUAUUACUACCAAAAAGGCAGUCCAGCUAACUAUCCAGGAAAAUGCAGAUGUACUUUCCUCCACUGUUUCUGGAAGUUAAGGUGGAUAUUGCUCUGCUUGACCAGAGGAUUUGUUCAGGAAGGUAUCUGGAUUUGAUGACAGGGCCCUGUCUGUAGUGGCCAUGGUACUGUUGAACUAAAGUUAAGUGCGAUUGUAGGCAAACUGGCUUGUAAUGCCCAUUGGUCUUUGAAUGUGAACAGGAUCCUGACAGCAUUUAACCUGGUAGGGAAAAAAAAAAAAAAAAAAAAAAA